UUUCUUCAGUAAACACAAAUGGAAAACUCAAGCAUAUGAAAAUAAAUUGAUACGUACACGGAGGCGCUACUCAACGCUGCAGCAUUAAUAUUUAUUUUUUGAAUUAAAAAAGGGGAAAAAAUAGACGAACCCUUUUCCGAGUUGAUGAUCUCGUUGAAUUUUCGACUUAUUCGGAACUCUAGGGAUGAUGAACAGUGGCACCACCGCUAACAAUACGAUGUCGUCGUCGGCGUCUGGGAACAACGCGCCGGGCCCUGCUUUGAAGACCUAUUUCAAGACGCCAGAAGGUAAAUAUAAGCUCCACUACGAGAAGACUCAUCCCGCCGCUCUACUUCACUAUGCCCAUGCCAAAACACUCACUCGGGUAACGCUAGCUCAUCUCAAGGAAAAGCCAAUGCAGGCACUGUCACAAUCGUCAUCUGCUUUAGGUGUGAGGUCCGCUGCAGCUAGGCUCUUAGGUGGUGGUAAUGGGGGCCGGACGCUUAGUUUUGUUGGGGGAAAUGGUGGAAGCAAGCCUGUGGGUAGCAGCAGUACCAGAAUAGGAUCAUUAGGGGCCUCAAGUUCUAGUAACGUGGUCGGUAAUCCCAACUUUGAUGGGAAAGGGACUUACUUGGUGUUCAAUGUCGGAGAUGCAAUUUUUGUGAGCGACUUAAAUUCUCAAGAUAAGGAUCCUCUAAAGUCCAUACAUUUUAGUAAUUCAAAUCCUGUUUGCCACGCAUAUGAUCCUGAUGCUAAAGAUGGCCAUGAUUUGCUUAUUGGUUUAACCUCAGGAGAUGUUUAUUCUGUAUCUCUUAGACAACAAUUACAAGACGUUGGGAAGAAGCUUGUGGGGGCUCAGCACUAUAAUAAAGAUGGUUCUGUUAAUAAUAGUCGCUGCACUUGUAUUGCGUGGAUCCCCAAUAGUGAUGGCUCAUUUGUGGUAUCUCAUGCAGAUGGAAAUAUGUACGUAUAUGAAAAGAACAAAGAUAGCUCUGGUGAUCCUUCGUUUCCUAUAAUCAAGGAUCAGACUCAAUUUUCUGUAUCACAUGCACGUUAUAGUAAGAAUCCAGUUGCUAGGUGGCAUAUAUGUCAUGGUCCAGUAAAUGACAUUGCCUUCUCAGCUGAUGGUACUUAUAUAGCAACCAUAGGGAGGGAUGGUUACUUGCGAGUCUUUGACUAUAAAAACGAACAGCUUAUAUGUGGUGGAAAAAGCUAUUAUGGCGCUCUUUUAUGUUGUGCUUGGAGCAUGGAUGGAAAAUACAUUUUGACUGGAGGCGAGGAUGACCUCGUGCAAGUUUGGAGUAUGGAGGAUCGAAAGAUUGUAGCAUGGGGAGAAGGACACAACUCAUGGGUUAGUGGAGUGGCAUUCGAUUCAUAUUGGCUUUCUCCAAAUUCAGACGGCGUUGGGGAAAACAUAGUCUAUCGAUUUGGUUCUGUUGGUCAGGAUACACAAUUGCUCUUAUGGGAUCUAGAAAUGGACGAGCUUGUAGUGCCAGUUCGCCGUCCCCCAGGUGGAUCUCCGACUUUCAAUAACGGAAGCCAGUCAUCCCACUGGGACAGCGCCUGCCCUGUGGGUACCUUGCAGCCAUCUCCAAGUAUGCGAGAUGUUCCAAAGCUCUCCCCACUGGUAGCUCAUCGUGUCCACACAGAGCCUCUCUCCGGUCUGCUCUUCACACAGGAGUCUGUCCUAACAGUUUGCCGGGAGGGCCACAUAAAAAUCUGGAUGAGGCCAGGCUUUGCCGACACCCAAUCAGCCAAUUCGGACUCUUUCAUGAGCACGGGCCUGAAAGAAAAACCUGCAAUAGCCGGGAAGGGAGGCAAACAAUGAUUCAAGACCGAGGUGGUGUUGUGCAUAAAGCUUUUCCUGCGAGUUGGAAGAAAAGGUGAUGCUGGUUUUGCCAUUUGCACAGUUUUAUUUUAACUGAAAUGACAAAGCAUAUGAUAGAAGUCAGAUGCUGUAAGAUUUACUGACAAAGAGCAAUGUAUAGGCAGAGAGGGCUUUGGAUGACAUUGUUUAGAUAGAAAAGCGCAGCCAAGUUUGUAAUUAGGAGAGAGCCAUUGAAAUAAUUCAAGUUGCGCCCUUGGAAAUUUCUCUCUCCUUUUUUUUCAUUUGGUGGUCGAUUUUGCCACACCAUAAUGCUGAUCAAUUAAUGUUAUUUUUACAUAUUUUUGCUAUA